AUGAUGGACAUACAGCAAGACGAGUACCUACCUGUGUUUGAUGAGACAGCCGAGACGCCUCUGGAGGCCGGAGUGAAGGUCCAGAUCCAUAGCCAGGAUGAGCCGCCAUUUAUAGACCAGCUGGGCUUCGGCAUGGCCCCCGGAUUCCAGACAUUUGUCUCCUGUCAACAGCAGCAGCUGACGUAUCUGCCUCCUCCAUGGGGGGACUGUAAGAACACGCCGUUCAAGUCGCCCUACUUCCCCAGCUAUAGCAUAACGGCCUGCCGCAUCGACUGCGAGACCCGCUACAUCCUGGAAAAGUGCAAAUGCCGCAUGGUUCACAUGCCAGGAAACGAGACGGUCUGCGACCCCGAGCAGUACUUGUAUUGUGCUAACCAAUAUCUACAGGAAAUAGACCAGGAUAGGGGAGAUGGCGAGUCUGCGUGUCCCUGUGAGACUCCGUGUAAGAUGGUCCGCUAUGGUAAGGAGUUAUCUAUGGUGAAGAUCCCCAGUAAAGCCUCCUCCGUAUAUCUGGCAAAAAAAUACAACAAGACCGAACAGUACAUUGCGGAGAACGUUCUCGUUUUGGAUAUUUUCUUUGAAGCUCUGAACUUUGAAACGAUUGAACAAAAGAAGGCGUAUGAGCUGGCUGGACUGCUGGGUGACAUUGGAGGUCAGAUGGGUCUAUUCAUCGGGGCCAGUAUCCUCACCAUCCUGGAGAUCUUCGAUUAUCUGUAUGAGGUGUUACGGGAUAAAGCGCUCGGCUAUCUCCAGAAGAGGAAGAAGUCCCAGAACAGGGAACUUGACAAUCUGGGGAGCCCCGAUGUCUUGUCCAGCCCCACCCUGGGGCACAUUCAUAACCCCAGGAUCCACGCUAUACACUGCGGGGCAGCCCAUACUGCACUCGAUGCUCACCGCACCUCUUACCUCGUCACCCGCCUGUAGGGUCCAUCAAGGAGUUUGCCUGCUGA